GGGUGCACCAAGUUGUGUAUGUGUGUGUUAGCUCUAGAUUUGUCAAGAAACAAGAAGUAUGCCAGUGUCCGCCGCAUGUAUGUAGCUGAUGCCAGAAGUGCUGUGUGUGCGCAGCUAACUGGGCGGAGCCAUCGCCACAUCGCAGCGUCGGUAGAUAUUCAACUAUAUAACUCCGCCCCUGACCUCUCGGCCGUGCUCGCUUCACACGCGGAGCAGCCGCAGAGCCUCGGAUUUCGACUACUGGAUUGUCAAGUGCCAAACUGAAUCACCUGCCCUUACUAAUCCGACUGCGAUCAUCUGUGCGGUGAAUCGCCAAGUGGUACGAAUGCAAAUAUAUCGUCGGUUAGACAAGACAGGUUUGUGUUUUCUGUACGCGUAGGUGUCCAAGCAGAAAGAGUGCAGCCCUUUUAAUGUGAACUCGUUUAUUUUACUCUACGUGCCAGGCAGACUGAGCUUAUACAAUUAACGUUGCAGUAUUCCGAUCAAUCAAGACUCCGCUAAACGGCUGCCACGUCAGGCAUCCGGUGUUCGAAACGGGGUUAUGGCACGCCGGGCGGCAGACGUCAUGCAUGCGUCGUCGAUGCCGGUGACAAUAAGACGCUGAUGCCAACCUCGUCAUCGCAUCUGAUGGAAGCAACGCGACUUCUGGACGCUGGCUGCCUAGGACGCCUGGGGCGACCUCUGCCCGGACCGUACGCGCCCUUCGGCACCCCGAUGGCUCCGUACAGCAUGGCCGCUUAUCCUCCCCAUCACGUGCCGUACUCCAUCGACGGCAUACUGCACGGUUCGCACGCGGCGGCGGCGGCCUCCCACCACGGAGGGCCUCUAGGUCUCGUCAUGGCCUCUAGUCCGGGACACGCCGCCUUGGUGGGCUCCCGCGCAGCCGUUCUUAGUCACAGGAUUGCGGCCGCUCAGCAGCAUCACCAAGAACAACAGCAUCAUCAGGCGGCGUCCAGGGUUUCCUCGCAUCGAUCGAAAGCCAAAUCCUCAUCCGCACCGACAGAGUCUUCGCCACUGUUUCAACUCAUACACAACGCAUCGUCAAACUUCAAGGAAAAAUGUGAGUAG